CGAAGGCCAAGACGUUUUAUUGCGUCAUGGAAAUAUUUCUGUAGGCCUACGCUGUUUAAAAUGUUAUAACGUAAUAUUGGUGGUUAAAAACAAGCUGCAGGCUGGAAAAAUACAAGCGUUCGUGUAAUUUUCCGCCAAUAUAAAAAAGUUGAGAUUUGACAGCCACGCUUUUUUUUACAGUAAGAUUUUUCUCGUACAGUGUUUUUAACGAAUAUGGCAUUUUGUUGCCAAUAUCCUUCUUUUCGUUACUUUCAUUUAUUUGUCGUUAUCGUAUUCAAAGAUGUUUAAACGGGAAUAGCGACUGUUGCUUCGCUAUUUACAAAAUUGUAGCUGUUAACGUUUCAUCUACUACGUUCACAUGUACACAGCUACAAGAUUAAGUAAAUCCACAAACUUUCUUGAAUAGUACGGGCACGAGGUGUAACAGAACACCGUAUUACAACGGCUGGCAUUGUACCGCCACGCCAGAAACGAGUUUCAUCCACUCAUUUAUGAACAAUUCUUAGCGUAGCCGUUGAUCCAAGGUUCGAAAGAAGGGUUUGUGUGACUGUAAGCGGUGCUGGUUUUCGACGGUUGAACAACUUUUUAACAUUUGAAUAGACACUGGCUGUGUUUACUUUAGAACGGGAACUCCCCUUUUUCGCUUUGUACAGAAAAUGAGAUCAACGUGCCCAAAGUAUUGUGCCUCGUUAAAGAGUACGAAAGCGUAUUAACCGUGCGUUGACACAUAGCUGUAGUUUGUUUACGAAGUGUUUAUAUAAGCAAACUGUACCGUUGACUGUAACUAUAUUUUGCUAGUAUUCUCUUACGCUGUUUAGGAAGUAGACUUGAGCUCCUAUUACAGUAAAAAGUAAGGCACCAGUAAUGUAGUAAUGCGUUUGUAAUAUGUCUGUUUCAUGCCAGAUUGAAAAGAGCAAAGAGACACACAACAAUUCGUGGUUCAGAUUGAACAUUGUACUCAAGAGAAGAGCUUUUUUAAGCAUCGUCAUUUUUACUCUGGCUUCUUAUCUAUGCAUUUUCAAAGUACCAGUUGGUAACUUGGUAUACGGAGAAAGGAAAGGCCCAAUAGAUUGUACAUCCCGGAAUUACAGCAGACAAGGCAAAACAUUUGGAACUCAAGAUAGCGCACCUCUAAAACCACAAUGCGAGAACUUGUUGUUUAACCUUACGAAUGGAGCAUGGGUAAUGCAUAAGGAAUACAACCAGAGUGUAAUACAGGAAAUAGAAACAACGAUUUCACUUGUGAGGAAAUCGUUAAGUUUUCCGAAGGUUUACUGGCGAAAAGAUGGUAAAUGUGGCGCAAAAGUAACCUUGCCUGGCGGUAAAACUGCGAGUAUGUGCGACCAUACCAGCAGCAAGCCAUGCUGUUCAAAUAAACUAAGUGGAGUAUGUUCUAAGGCAGAUUCAAUGGCUUGUUUUUGUCCGGAUUGUUUGGAUAUGAGAAAGUAUAUCCACGGGGAAGUGGCAAAGUGGAAACCGAAUGACAACCGGUGCCGGAUGAUUCAUUAUAAACCACACGAAGCGUGUGCUGUGUUAAACGCCAAUACAAUAAGAAGGAAGUUCUAUUUUGUCGGCGAUUCUUUGAUACGAAACACGUUCCUUGGUCUAAUGAUAUCUUUAAGUGGUCGAACUGAAGAUGGAGCAAUGAAAGGAUGCACAACUAAAAAAAGCAAAAAUUUGUGUCGUGGAAAUCUACAAUUCAUGUUAUACGACUGUCUUGUUGAGACGGCCCAAUCUACUGAUGACGUCAGUAAUACGUCAUUAUGCAAUGGCGGGCAUCGAAAUUUUGACGUGGAAUUCAAACCAUAUUUUUCAAGCAAAUAUUCAAACGAGUUCUACAGUUUGGUACAAAGUGUUCUUCAUCAAAAUGAGACUUACCUUGCUGUCGGUAUCGGUGUUCUGGACCACUGUGACGUGAACAAAGUAAUUAACCAAUUUCUUAACCCAGCGCUAAUGCUGCUCAAACAAGAAAAGGCAAAGUGGCCCAAAAUUACGUGGGUGCUGCCUUUAAAAGCGGGGGUAAUAAGCCCUUGGAAGUAUUGGGGGUUGUGUAACGUUGAAGACGGUUUAAAUAGUUUUUCAGCGAGAAUGAGAAACUUUCUGGACAUAAAUGAAAUAAAGACGUUUGAUUUUAGAAAGUUAACUACAUUUGUUUAUAGUUACGACGGGACGCAUUGUGGCAUGGGAGUUAACAUUAUGAAAGCGCAAAUUUGGUUAAAUUAUAUGGCGACUGUUUUAUAAAAAGAAUAGGUUUUUAUAGAGACAGGUUUUUGUAAGUUGGCAAAUCGCUUUUUUUCUUAUUUGAAGACGUGACAAAAUGCCAACUUGCGUUUAUAAAGUAGGGUUGGGGAAGUCGAUGGAACGUGGUUUAAACAACAGCCUAUCUAUGAAGUUCUUUAAGAGGCGGUUUUCCUAAAUUUUUUAACGAUCUUUGUUUACUACCAAAUGAAACGGUAAAAGGGAGUGAAAAGGUGUCCCGUCUUCCCCACCCUUACAAUACAUUACCAGUGUUCGUGUAAAACACUAUGCAUUUAAAAUCUAUCCACAGAUGGGAACCAUAUUACCGCCUUGUGGUAUACUCACAUGCAUAAAACUGUACUUUUAAAAACAUUUGUUUAAAUUACUGUUGUAGUUUGCUUUGUAGUUCCUAUUGCGAAGAAUGAGUAACGAAAGCAAAACUGGGAGACAAUACAGAAAACACUGGAGCUACUCUGUUUAUUUAAGUCACUGUAACUAAAAAGUUGUUUUAUUUUUGUGUUGGCACCAAAUAUAAUACACCCAGCGUCGUCGUGUCAGAUUAUGAACGUGUAUCUUUUGUACAGUUAUAUAUCAGUGCAGUGGAUAAGUUAAGAGUUGAAAGGAAAUAUACGAUCUGUAUCAAAAGUGGCUUUACAAUGUUGUGCAAAAA